GGCUCAGCGGAUUCGGCGGGUCCCGCGCUGUGUCGGAUCGAUGGACCCGCCGCGGCCCGCGAAGAGGCUGAAGGCUGCCCUGGCGCCCAAUCUCUUCGCUCAGUUCACGGCUUUGGCGAACCAACACCAGGCGGCCAACCUGGGCCAAGGCUUCCCAUCCUUCGGCAGCCCCAGCUUCCUGAAGCAGGCUGUGGUGGAUGCCAUUGAGACCGAUGUCUUCGCAGAGACCGGAGCGCCCAAAGGCUUAGGGAACCAGUACACGCGCCCGGGCGGAGAGCCUGGCUUGGUUCAGACCAUUGCGCGGGCCUACAGCAGCCGCUUUGGCCGGGACCUGGAUCCAAUGAAGGAGGUGGUGACCACCAUCGGGGCCCAGGAGGCCAUCUUCACCUCGCUUUUCGCUUGGACGGAUCCUGGGGAUGAGGUGGUGGUGUUCACCCCCUGCUUCGAUGCUGUCAUGAAGGCGGCCUCCAUCGUAGGCGCCAAGUUGGUGGGGGUGAACAUGCGCCCGUCGGCGUCCGGCGACCUGGGAAGCACGUCCAGCUGGUCGGUAAGCUUGGCGGAACUGGAGAAGCUCAAGCCAAAGCGAGCCGCAAACAAGAAGCGAGUGUGGUGGGAGCUCCAGGAGGACGUGAUCGACGAGGUCCAGCAGCGUUUUGGGCUUACACCACCCAAGUUGCAGUGGGAACAGGGAUCAGAGGUGCAGCUUGCUGCCCUUCGGGCCUGGAACCGGGACGUCACCGAGCAGCGCUGGCCGCAGCCACUGGCGCGGCAGGACCGCAGCCCAAGGCGCGGUGACUGGUACAGCUCCGAGGAGAAGGACAUCUACGACCUCCCCACGGUCUCGCUCUCGGUCAAGAACUCCGACACCGAUCCAGGAGGCCGCAGCCCUCGGCGCGGCAGGCGAGUCGAGCAGUCGGGAGCCUUCGGGAACCCGCAGAACUCCUCGCCCGACGACCAGUCGAUCCUCGCGUGGCAGAUCGAGGAGUGUGCCAUCAAGGACCUCGCCAACCGACAGGCCGAUCGUGCUGGCGCCAAGGAGCUCGGCCUAUCCGACGGUCCGCAUCGACCGGACCGGCGCGUGGACACUGCAGAGGGAGCAGCCCUCCGGCGCUCCACGGGCAUUUGCAGGCCGAACCCGCUCACGUCUACCGCAGCCUACGGGGAAAGGUCUAGUUCCUCGACCCCAAACUACGGGAACGCGGAGGUCUACCACCUGGCAGACUACUCCGACGGGGACACAACCUACAGUGCCGGCCUCACCUCCGGCCCCUGCUACGAAAGCCACAGUAAAGUGCGGGACGCGGCCAGCGGCGCGGGGAACAGUUGCAGCAUUUUUGGCAAGCAGUCGCGGCGAGAAAGCCACGGGAUCCCAGAUCCCCCACCUCGGACACCCCUUGCGGACCGGAAGACGCUCAACAUCGUCCUGGACUGGCACGGGGUGCUCGACGUGAACAUCCGCUCUGGGGGAAGAACCUCCCAGCUGCUGCAUUUGUUGCGGGUGCCGCCGUUCAACGUGCCCACCAUGCUUCCGAUGUCGCGCUUCAGGCCGCUGAACAUGCACAGCAACAGCAACUGCUGGCUGAGCAGGCAGCAAGCCAUUGGCGCUGCGGAGCAAGAGGAGGCAACCAGGCAACAGGCCGAGGUGCUUAGGCUUCAGGCGCAAACAGUCGUUUCCGAGGCCCAUGAAGAGGUGCAGGUGCCGCAAGCAACAGUGCUGUGUCCGCCAAAGGCGCAGCCGUUGGCGCGCAGAGCAGUAGUCAGGAUGAGAGAAGUGAGAUAG